AUGUUCAAAUUCAGCCAUGUCGCAGUGUCUAUCGUACUUGUGCCUCUCCUGCUUAUCCUCUACCUCGCACGACGGCGAUUCCAGCUUCCCCUUCCACCUGGUCCCCCGGGGCUUCCGCUCGUUGGGAACGUAUCACAAAUACCAGCCGAACGUCCCUGGAGGAUAUUUACUGAUUGGGCAAAGAAAUAUGGGGACAUUGUACAUCUGUCCGUAUUGGGUCAACACUAUAUCAUUCUGUCUUCCCCGGAAGCUCUCAACGAGCUCCUGGAGAAACGCAGCGCUAACUACUCAGACCGUCCCGUGAUGACCAUGGCAGGCGAGAUGAUGGGUUACGAUCGAUCAAUUCCAUUAGCUCCUUACGGCACUCAUCAUCGAGAAAUUCGAAGGCUCAUGCUUAGCGGGAUAAAUCCUCGGAAGGCCCCUGAGUUAAAUGCGGUGCAGGAAUCCAAAGUCCCCGAACUUCUCCUGCGGAUUUUGGUAGACCCCGAGCAUUUCCGCUCUCAUCUACGAUGGUUUGUUGCCGCAUCCGUGUUUCAAAUCACGCACGGAUAUCACGUAGCUGACCUAGAAGACCCUUUAUUGAAGCUGGCCGAACAGUGCAAUUCUGAUUUUUCCGUCGCCACCUCACCAGGUGCAUUCCUUGUUGAUUCGUUGCCAAUGCUCAAGUACGUUCCUUCAUGGCUGCCUGGUGCCGGGUUCAAGAAGCUAGCGAAGGAAGGGCGUCGGCUAUCGGAUAGAUUAAUGGACGAGGCGUACGACAGCGUCAAACAACAAGUUGCUGAUGGUACCGCGCUGCCGUCGUUCACAGCGGGCUUGAUUCAGUCCAAGGAGAAACGCACACCAGAAGAAGAAUACGUACAGAGGUGCGCAUCCACCUCGUUUUACGGAGCUGCCUCAGACACUACUGUACACGCACUUGAGUCAUUCUUCUUGGUUAUGAUUCUCUAUCCCGACGUACAGCGCAAGGCUCAGGCAGAAAUAGACUCCGUGGUGGGCCCGGGACGGCUUCCGAAGUUCAGCGACCGCCCUUGUCUGCCGUACUUAGGUGCAGUCCUGAAAGAAGUCCACCGUUGGAAUCCAAUUGGCCCCCUUGCCCUGCCCCAUAAAGUGACUUCAGAAGAUGUAUAUCGCGGUUUCCGCAUCCCGGCUGGAACAAUUAUCGUUCCUAACACAUGGGCCGUGCUGCACGACCAAGAGCGUUAUCCGGAUCCGUUCGAUGUCAACCCCGAGAGGUAUAUGAAGAACGAGAAUGUCUCGAAUCCCGACCCGCGCCCAUUUGCUUUCGGAUACGGAAGACGCACUUGUCCGGGACAAAUGCUGGCGGAGGAUUCGUUAUUCAUCGCCUCAGCUAUGAUUCUCGCCACUUUCGACAUCUCAAAAGUGAUUGGACUGGACGGCCUCCCCGUUGAGCCGAAGGUGGACUAUAUUGGGAUCAUCAGUUCUCCAGGCCCAUUCGAGUGUCGCAUCGUACCUCGGUCGGCGGAUGCAGAGAAGUUGAUAACUUCUGUCUCCUCUGGUGCCGCCUUCCAUUGA